AUGACGUUUGUUUUUCUUCAACCCUACGCCAAGGCUAUCUGUCCUGAUCUCUUCCAUCCUUCACAUCAAAAGUACGGACAAGAUUCCGUGAUACACUUGAAGCAGCAGUGCUUGCAAGAUAGUGGCAGCCUGGUACACGCCCUCCGCGGUCACGAUAGUCUAUUCAAGGCUCACAGUAAUGUCCUAUGUCGGCCUUUGGCCAUACAAUCAUUCUUGGUGCAGGCCCCCAACAAUGAUAGUGGACUAUUUGGCAAGAAGUUACGAGCAACCAAAGAGGGAAUCCAGACACACAGCUCGGCUAGAGCGACGUCUACAUUGAAGUUUGGCGGCUCAGUUCAAAUUCUGCAUCAAGCAUACAGCCGAGCUUUCAAGGCUCACGGUAAUGUCCUACGCCGGCCUCUGGGCUAUACAAUCACUGUGAGUAACAGCCCACUGCCGCACAAUCCUCGCCAUUCCCGGGGAGCGCAUCGAAUAACAAGCAUAUUAACCAGCAGCAUGGCAGUGCUUUCGCAAUGGCUGCAGCGCGUAAGCGACAAAGCACCGGCUCCGAAGCGCAAGCCAAGUAUAGGGAGAAAAUUGCAUGAUGAGAUCAUGAAGAGUUCCCUUGGACUCACCGGGCUCACGGUAAUGUCCUACGCCGGCCUUUGGCUGUCCAGAGUGGCUUACUGCGACACAACCUUCAUCAUUCUUGAGGAGCACAUCAAGUGCAACAACGCAUCGUCUCCCAAACGCAAGCCCAGUAUGGGAAGAAAGCUGCAUGAUGAGAUCAUGAAGAGUUUUCUUGGGCCUAUCGGGCUCACGAUGCGCCAGGCUGUCGACCAAUUGAUUGCCCGGUUGGAUGAGAAGAAGAAGGCCAUUUUCAACGUUGUCGAUACGUAUGAGAAAAAUGGACAAGAUUCUGUGCAACACUUGAAGCAGCAAUGUUUGCAAGAUAGUGACGGACCGUCCAACACGUCACGGUAA